AUGGAUUUCAUUGUACGUACACGACACCCUUUCCCUGCUUCUGCUCCCCCUGUCGCAUCGUGUCGCAUCCCUGUUUCUGCACCAGCGCAUGUGCUUCCCACAUGGCCGGUAGCUCUUGGACCUCUUGGGUGCGCGCUAUCAGCCCUGCCCUGCCAUCACGAGAGAUCCUCUCCCGGCCACGCAGAUAUUUUCUGCUCCCCUGGGAGGCUUUCCCUGACGCAUUUCUGCGAAGUGCAUGGCCCGACUUCGAUCAUAUGUUCGCAAGUCUUGCCUUUUUCCUGCUCCCAAUGCUACCCCGAAACCUCCGACCUUUCUCCCGCUGAGACCCCCUCUACCUCUCACGACACCACUUCCUCCCGCCAGCUGGCAUCGUCGCCCUUGAAUUCGGCGCUGUCGGGCUCUCUGGCCACUGGCGCGACAACCACGACCACCAGCUCCUCCCAGAAUAUCGAAAACCAUCCAUAUUUCCUCAAAUCGCAACAACAGCAGCAGCAGCAGCAGCAGCAGCAGGAGAGUCGCGAGAAUACUGAACGCCUCAAUCGCUUUGGAGGCGCCGAGGGUGAUACUUGUGCGAGUUGCAGCAUCUCCCUUCCAGAAGAUGUGAGCAAGCAGCUGCCUCCCAGUGCCUCUGGGACCUCCAAAGCCGAUGGCAAAGGCAAGAGUGGCAGCCCCGUUCUGCGCUCCAGAGAGGUUGUCUACUCCUGUGGGGGCAACCACUCCGAUUCGGAUGACGAGGCACAUGAUCCGCAUCUACAUUCGUCCCUCCCGGACUCGCUGCAUUCCUCCUCGGUUGCCUCGGACGUCUCUUGUCACUCGCACAUCCUGACUUACCUUUCCUUGCGAGGCCCUCCGAAUCCAGCAGACUAUGCGCUCCUGCGGCGCUCAUCCAUCCGCACGCUGAGCUGUGAGUUGCUGCCUCGAGGUCUGUCCUCAGGCCCCUUGUGCUUCGGUGAUUCCGUCGCCGGUUACACGAUCGCGUAUAUUUUCCGUCUCCCCGAUGCCAUGGCACGUGGAAAGCGGCGCAGCUACGCGCUGGUCGCCCUGGCUGGGAAAGAUGCCGGCCGUGCGUUCCGGGCCUCUCCAAUCAUUUGGCGCAGUUUCUCUCGCAUCGCCGGCAGCAUUGUCAGCGCCGCCGAGAAGCACCAAGAAGAGGAAAAGCGUCGCGAGGAGCGCAGCUAUGCUUCCUCCAGCAAAAUCGGCGGCCGUGAUUACACCCCGAUCUCAUCCUUUCUGACCGGUCGUACCGUCGAUCCGGACGGACAACCCCGACGAGCCGGGCAGAUCCGCGCGAGAAACCUGGCUGAAAUUGUUGGAAACGAAUACAUAUUUGCUGAACUUCACGCACACUUUGUGGCGUUGCUCCAGCAGCUAGGCUCCAUGUUCGGGGGACUGCCGAUCUCGGAGGAGCGAUUCGUCUGCAGCACUGUAUCUCCCGAGGAGAACGUUCCAUCUUCGUCGCAGCAAUCGAACACGAACCAGUCAUCUCAAGAGAAAGAGAAACAUAACCGGAAACCGAGUCACAGUCGCGCCCCAAGCGAUCUGGGAUUGUCGUCUCUGGACUUGUCCUCGGGUCCACAGCCCAUCCCUAUUUCACGUCGCCCUAUUGCGGCUUGA